AUGACCACAGCAGAGGCAGAAGGGUCGGGAAGGGGGCGAUCACAGCAGAGCCCGUUGGCGUCUCAAAGAGUAAAUGAGGUAACUUCGGCUCCGACGGGAAGACCAGCCAGUCGGUUCGACCAAUACUUUCCCCUCGGUUACAAAGAGGGCUUCAAUCAAUGGUGGACAGGCUUGGCUCCCGCGCGCACCGAACAUCGAGUCCUUUCCUAUAUCCCGCAUCUGCAGAAACCUCCGACGCAUACCCACACCGGCACCGAGCCGCUCUCGGACGAAUCAGCCGCAUCGUCGAUAUCCGAGGACGCAUCCGACCGAGCGACGCCGGUGGUGUCAGCCGAUGAUCCCUUUGGGCCCCGGCGAUGGCAGUCCACGCUGGUCAAGCUCAGCGGAAAGCAACGCGCAUUGAACGAGUUCUCCGUGGAGCGCAUCGGGGAGGAAGUGGAGAACAACGUGGUCAUCCUCCAUGGCUACGGCGCGGGUCUCGGGUUCUUCUACAAGAACUUCGAGGCGCUGAGUCGCGCGCCCGGAUGGCGGCUGUACGCGUUGGACAUGCUCGGCAUGGGCCGGAGUAGUCGACCGCCCUUCCGCAUCCACGCCAAAGACAAAGAAGACAAGAUCCGCGAGGCGGAGAGCUGGUUCAUCGACGCGCUGGAGGAGUGGCGGAUCCAGAAGAAGAUCGACAAGUUCACGCUCCUGGGCCACAGUCUCGGCGGCUAUAUGGCGGUGGCCUACGCGAUCAAAUACCCUGGCCGCCUCAACAAGCUCAUCCUCGCCUCCCCCGUCGGCAUCCCCGAGGACCCCUACGCCGUCGCCGCCGACCUCCCGGAACCCGGCGAUUCUGCCCUCGCCAGCGAGUUCACCCAAGACCAAGAAGAGGUCGUCAACCCCCCCAGCCGCGCCCGUACCCCCGCCCGGAAAGCCACCUCCCCUCCCACCCAACCCCCCCGCCGCCCCAUCCCCAAAUGGCUCACCUACCUCUGGGACGCCAACAUCUCUCCCUUCAGCGUCGUCCGCUGGGCCGGUCCCCUCGGCCCGCGCCUCGUCUCCGGCUGGACCUCCCGCCGCUUCUCCCACCUCCCUGAGGACGAGGCCCUAGCCCUCCACGACUACUCCUACAGCCUGUUCCGCCAGCGCGGCAGCGGCGAGUAUGCCCUGGCCUACGUGCUCGCACCCGGCGCGUUCGCGCGCAGCCCGCUGAUUCGCCGGAUCGACCAGGUCGGGCGGAUGCCGCUGGCGGGCGACGCGGAGGAGGGGGGGUCGCGGGAGCAGGGCGUCCCGGUGGUGUUGAUGUACGGGGAUAACGACUGGAUGGACGUGCGUGGCGGGUUUGCGGCGCAGGACAAGCUGCAGGCGGCACGAGAGCGGGCGCUGCAGGGGAAGAGCUCGGAGGAGAGGAAGCGCGAUCAGGGGGAUGCGAAGGUGAUGAUUGUAAAGAAUGCGGGGCAUCAUUUGUAUUUGGACGGGGCGGAGGAGUUUAAUGAUAUGGUCACCAAGGAGAUGCGGGACGUGGAACGGCGACAGCGGCUGCUGAACGAGGGGGGGUCGAGGAUGUGA